AUCAAUCCGACAGAAGUACCGACUACACGUAAAGAACGGUAACGUGUGUGAAAUACACUUGUCUAGUGACUAAAGACUCUGGUCAGAGACUGACUCUGGUUUUCUGUUCUUAGUCAAUCUCCAGCAUCCGCAGGAGAUCUGUGGUAAUAGAAGCGAUAUAACGCGAGCGCCAAUGGUGACGUGAAAAAUAGGCAUGUCUUUAAGAUCAAACAAUGAAGCAUUUUCUCGAAAAUUUCAAUCGUAUUCUGUUCCUCCUCCUCCUCAUCCUCUUCUCGACGAUCCAUCCUUCGAAAUCCAGAGUGAGCCAGAACAAAAAUCUCCCAAAAUGCAAGUACGACGAAGAUAUAAUAAAAUCCGACAAACUUAUUCAAUAUUUGAUACGUGCAAAUUUCAUUUUCACCGGAAAUGUAGCUAGUAGUGUACAGAUAAUCGAUAAUAAAAUAGUGUUCGAUGUAACCGUCCAGAAAUGUUUCAAACGUACGGGCGUUUUUGGGAACGAUCCUAUCGUAAAAGUGGUGAAAAAAUUGAGGGAAGGCGAAGGCUCCACUUGUCGACUGUCUGUGCGUAAAAAAUUGACCGCUAUUUUUGUUGGUUUGGUGGAUACUAGUUAUUUAGGUAAUAUUGAACUUUCGAUCAGUCCUGUGCCCAUCACUCUCGCUAAUUUAGACCGUGUCAGUUCUGUCGUCAAAGGUUACAAGUGUCAUCAAAACGAAACAAAAAGAGCUGCACUUGAAUAUUUGAUGCAAAAACCCAGUCUGCAUUUCAUUGAAGAACCUUGUGAGAAAACUUUUUGCGCAUGGGGUGCCCACUGUAUAACAGGAAUAGAUGGAAGAGCUUUGUGCCAAUGUCCAACAGAAUGCCGGAAAGAGGAAGCUCCAGUCUGUGGAUCUGAUGGAAAAACGUACCAGAAUCACUGUGAACUGAAGGUGGCUUCUUGCAAGGCCAGGCGGAACACCCACGUAAAAUACCAAGGAAAAUGUGAACAAAACGAUCCUUGUCGUGACAAAGUAUGUCAGUUCGGGUCCAAGUGUGUAGUACUACCAGAUGGUCGUAAUACGAGCUGCGUUUGUCCAACCACAUGUCCAAAUUAUGGGGAUCAUGUUACAUCUAGACCUGUUUGUGGAUCAGAUGGCGUUACUUACACCAACCAAUGCGAGUUACAACAGGCUGCAUGUUUAGCUAAAACUAAUAUCACCAUUAAAUUCUCAGGAAAGUGUGAUCCAUGCUCCGGGGUAAAGUGUACGGAGCCCGAGAUAUGCCAGCUGGAUUCGCACCGGAACCCGAUUUGUCGAUGCGGAGAUACGUGCCCCUUGGAGUUUACCCCGGUCUGCGGAUCCGACGGAAAAACAUACUCCAAUGAAUGCACUCUACGCCAAGAAGCCUGCAGAAGAAGGAAAUCCUUGAAUAUAAUAUAUAGAGGAAAAUGCAGUUCAGGCAUAAAUCCAUGUGCAAGUGUCAUCUGCAGUUUCGGAGAGGAAUGCACGAUAAAUAAAUUCGGCAUAGCCCAUUGCGAAUGCCCCCAAAACUGUGAACCAGUUAUGAGACCUGUGUGUUCGAAAGGGGGUAGGACAUUUCCCUCAGAGUGCGAAAUGCACAGAUAUGCCUGCUCAAGCCGCACUCCGAUUGAAAUAGCUUAUCGAGGUGUAUGCGGCGAGAAGGGGCCAUGUUCGGAACACCUUUGCCAAUACGGAUCCACUUGCGUUGAGAAAUCUGGCCAAGCUUAUUGUGAGUGUCCAGUGUGUCCGGCCGAAUUUGCGCCAGUUUGCGGAUCGGACGGAAUAUCUUACGGAAACGAGUGCAAGCUUCGUCUAGAGGGCUGCAAACACCGAAGAGAUAUAAGGGUGCUUUACGAUGGUCCAUGCAAUGGUUGCGAGAAAAAACCCUGCGACUUUUAUUCGAUCUGUGAGUCAGAUGGGACAUCAGAAGGCAAAUGUAUUUGUCCAAAAACAUGUACAGAUCCUAAGCUGAAUAAUGGAACCGUUUGCGGCACAGACGGGCUGACAUAUUCCAGCGAGUGCGAGCUUAGGCUCACUUCUUGUAAGCUGCAGCAAUUCAUCCUGCUAGCAUACAAAGGGACCUGUGAUUUAUGCGGGGGUGUAAAAUGUAAAUAUGGAGCCCGUUGCGAGGCAGGUAACUGCGUGUGCCCAACAAAUUGUGAGGGCUCUGGAGUCGAGCCAGUGUGUGCUUCUAAUAUGAUGACAUUCCCUAACGAAUGUGAAUUGCAGAAAGCGACGUGUUUAGACAACGACAACUCACCCCAGCUAACUGUGGUUUUUUACGGCGACUGUCGCGAAAGAUUUUCAGUAGAAGGCACGUACAACGCAACUUCGCCGCCUCAUACCGUAGCUGUGACAACUGAAACCGGCAGGUCGAACGAAACAGACGUUUUCAAUGCGAAUGCGGAAAAAGAGGCCUGCAAAGACAUACAUUGCGAUUUCGAUGCCACCUGCGAGUUGGGUAAGGAAAAUUUUCCAAGGUGCACUUGUCAGUUCGAUUGUGCCGCCGCUGAGCUCCAGUCACCGCCGAAACCGAUAUGCGCCUCUGAUCACAGAAUUUACCCCUCGCUUUGUGCCAUGAAAAUGGAAGCUUGUCAGAGCCAGAAGGAGCUCAGACUGAGACCUUUGGAACUCUGUCAAGGAAUGGAAGUUAAGCCCUGUGGGGGUGAAAAACCUCUCACAGACCUGCUAACAGGUAAAGAAUUAGAUUGUGGCAGUGGGCCAAGCAGAAAGGACUGCCCUUCUGGGAGUUAUUGCCAUCAAACUGUUAGAUUCUCCAGAUGCUGUCGCAAAGAUAAUCACUACUACGAGCAGACCUGUGUGAACAGUUGGUACGGCUGCUGCCCCAACAGCAAUAUACCUGCUCAAGGUCCUAACAACGCCGGUUGUCCAGCUUCGUGUGGUUGCAACAGACUCGGAUCGUCCUCAGAUAGUUGCAUUCCUGGAACUACGAAAUGUAAGUGCAGACCAGGCGUCGGCGGUGAGAAAUGCGACAGAUGCGAACCUGGUUACUGGGGAUUACCAAAAAUAUCCUCUGGACACCUAGGAUGCAUACCUUGCGGCUGCUCAGCCUUUGGCUCCGUGAGAGAGGACUGUGAGCAGAUGACAGGAAGGUGUGUUUGUCGUCCUGGUGUUCAAGGUCAGAAAUGCACCGUUUGUACAAGCCACGAUAAAGUCCUAGGACCGAAUGGCUGUGUGUCUUCUGACGUAGCUUCAGUUGUCGCCUCAUCCUGCCGAGAUUUGACAUGUUAUUUUGGAGCCACUUGCGUUGAAAAAAAUGGGGCGGCCAUCUGUGAAUGCAACACUCGUUGUAAGUCGGACGAAAACGAUCAGCCUGUUUGCGGCAGCGAUGGUCAAACGUAUCGUAGUGUGUGCCAGUUGAAACAGGUAGCGUGUAGAAUGCAGAAAGACGUAGUUCUCCAAGCUUUUGGUGCAUGUAAAGAUUCUGGUUUAGCAAGUACAGAUGGACCAGCACAUCAUUACACUCCGCUACAAUUCACGCAGCCGGAUGAAGCAAACUCCCUUUCUAAAUCUACCAGACAUCUCCUUGCCCCGGAUCCGAGGUAUUACUACGAAAGAACUGGGUACUUCGGUAAACCCGCACAGGCUGUUUCUUAUCCUGCAGAAUUCGGACUGACGCCCUCCAAGUAUAGACCACCAGGCAACCAUAGGAAUCUCUUUGACAUAAACGUUGAUCGUUUUGAUCCAUCUUAUCGUCCUACACCGGCAACUGUACAUGUAAUUGCAGCUCUUCUUGGUGACAUAUGUUCAGAUGACUCCGAUUGUAUCAUCAUGAAUAGUCACUGUGUUAAAGAAGCUUGUAUUUGCAAACCAGAUUUCGUUGAAUCCAACGAUAGGCAAGAGUGCUCUGAAAAAGAUGCCAAUUCUGUGGUGGAUGAGCUUCAAGCAUGCUCUUCCUUCCCUUGCCGUCAUGAAGGCUCUUGUAUAGACCUACCCGGUGGUACAUACAUUUGCGUUUGUCAAGCCAAUUAUACGGGAAAUACUUGUGAAACUGAGGUAGAAAUGGUCAACUACGAUGUACCAGCAUUCCAUGGCCGUUCUUAUAUACAACUAAAACCUCUGAAGGCCUACUAUAAACUCAGUAUCGAGUUAGAAUUCAAGUCCUACAGCCAUAACGGUAUACUCCUGUACAACCAGCAAAAAUAUGAUGGUUCUGGAGAUUUCGUAUCCCUAGCUCUGAUAAAUGGACAUGUUGAAUUCAAAUAUGACUUGGGCAAUGGUCCAGUUAUCAUAAGGUCCAUCAAUAAGGUAAAGCUGAUGAAAUUCCAUAAAAUUGUUAUUAAAAGAUAUCAUCGUGACGGUCUCCUCAAACUGGAUGAUGAAGAGGACAUAGGCGGUCAAUCCAAGGGAAAUUUGAAAGCUUUGGAUCUGCUAGACGACACGUAUCUAGGCUUCAUUCCUACAAAUUAUUCACAGGUUUUCAAAAACAUUGGAACUGAUGAGGGCUUUCAAGGUUGUAUAAGAAGAUUCAUGAUAGGGAGGCACAAUGUAUAUUUGCACGCUAACAGAGACGAUAGAAUUGUGAAAACGAAAAAUUUAUACGAUUGCGACGAGAAACCUUGCAACGCGAAUCCUUGCCUGAACGGUACUUGUGUGGAUUUGGAGAAUAAUUUAUUUAGUUGCAAAUGCAAUGACGGUUUCACUGGACGCGUCUGCAAUAAAUUCUUGAAUACCUGUUUCUCUAAUCCAUGUUUUGAAGGCGCAACAUGUUCAGAAAUCGGUCAGGAUGACUAUAUUUGUAAAUGCCCACCUGAAAGGGCUGGUCAUCGGUGCGAGAUAGACAUUCGAGAAGUGCUCACGCCAGAAUUCAGGGGUUCUAGUUACAUAAGAUAUCCCCUCAUGGUAGAUAUGAAAAAGAGUUUCAGCAUGGAAGUAACAUUUCUUCCAACCUCUUUGAAUGGCGUUCUGAUAUAUAGUGGUCAAAAUCGUAAUGGUCAAGGCGACUUCAUAACUUUAAAUUUGGUCAGAGGUCAUCUUGAAUUCAGAUUCAAUUUGGGAAGCGGUAUAGCCAACUUGACAACAAGAGAUACAAUUGAAAACGGAAAGUGGCAUAAUGUUCGGAUAUCGAGAAAAGGAAGAGAAGGUAUUCUUCAGUUAGAUAAUUCCAGUGUUGUUUAUGGAUUUUCUGGGAUACCUAUGAACGAUCUUAACUUGGAUUUGCCCCUUUUCAUCGGCUCUGUUGACUUGUGGAAAAAAGUACACAGAUUAUCUGGGGUGUACAAAGGUUUCAGAGGUGCGAUACAAAAAGUUUUACUCAAUGGAAAACCGCUUCCAAUCAAUACACAACUAGAAGACUGUUUUUCUGUAUUUAGUAAUAAAAGUAGUUGUUCAGUAGACGUAGGUAUAUACGAUGGGGCCCCGUGCCCUCUCAGAAAUAAUCCCUGCAAGAAUGGUGGAAUAUGCUUACCUCAUAUGGAAAAUUAUAGGUGUAAAUGUAAUUCGAAAUUCAGAGGAAAAAACUGCCAAAUAGCCCAAAGAAAGACGUAUUCUAUAAAAUUCAAUGGUGCCACAUUUUUACAAUACAAACACAAUCAUAUCAGAAGUGACAUCGAAAAUGAUUAUUACGAAAUCGAAGAUAACUAUUAUACUUUAAAUGAAGAUAACAAUACUAACAAUGAGCUUUUAUAUGAUGAAAAUAGUGACUUCGAUAGCGAAGACAGGAGAAAACUUUACAGAAGGAAACCAGAAAGAUGGAAUAGAUACGAAAUCAAACUUAGAACAUACGCUUCCGAUGGUCUCAUCCUUUGGAGAUGUAAAAACAAAAAAAUUAAACAGAACUAUUUCUCAGUAUCCCUAAUAGAUGGUUUCAUCGAGCUGAGUUACAAUUUAGGAACAGAAACAAAAUUCUUCUCAAUCAGAUCCGCCGAGAAAAUUAACGAUGGUGAAUGGCACACCAUUCAGAUUCAUAGAAGAAAAAGGAUGGGAAUCAUAACAAUUGAUGAUCAUAGCCCCGUGAAGGGAACUGCCCCACACGGAGGUCUCAUUUUGCAUACAAAUGCGAAGUUAUGGAUAGGUGGAGCUUCUACGUUGCCAAUAGACUUGCCAUCGUCAUACCAUAAGGGAUUUGUUGGCUGCAUUCAAUAUAUUUUGAUAAAUGGUAAAUCCUUAGACAUGCUAAGCAGUAUUGGGAAUAUCGAUUAUCAUUAUUGUCAAGAAGAUGAAAAACAAUAAAUCGUCAAUAAUAAAU